AUGAAAAAGACGGCGAGCAAAGCGCGCGACGAAAAACUGUUGGCCGCGGUCCGCGAUCGACCGGUGCUCUACGAUCAGUCAAUGCACGUGUUCAAGGACUACAGCGCCAAGAACGCCGCGUGGAAAGAGGUGGGCUCCGCCGUGGUCGGGUCUCAGGACAAACAGAACGUGGAACGGUUGAAAGUCCGGUGGAAAACGCUGCGGGACGGUUUCGUGAGGCAUCUGAAGAAGAAAAAGACGAUGGAGAUGUACACCGCGGCGGCGGCCAUGCGCCCGUACAAGCUGGAGAGGCAAAUCGCGUUCCUGUUGCCGCACGUGUCCUUCCGCGACGAGGACGACAACGGAAGUAGCAACGGCGACGAGGACAACACCUCUUCGCUGCUGAUGGCCGCCGCCGACGUCAAGCCCGCCGCCGUCGAAUGCGAACCGUCGGCGUACGACCAGCAGCAGGCGACCGCCGAAUUGCUCUACGAACAGUCCAACAUGGACAAGUCUUGCAGCGAACACGAGGCCCUGGACCGGUCCAUACACUUCCUGUGCGACCAGCGGUACAAACAGGCGGCCGCUACCAAUUACAAAUUAGAAGACAUGGACUCGGUGGACGCGUUUUUCCAUGCCAUGGCGCAAACAGUCAAACAGUUGAAACCCAUCACUGUGGCAAAGAUAAAGAGAGCAGUGUCAAUAAUUGUGUCAAAUGCAGAAAUCGAAGAGAUGGAGACUACUGUGGCGUGCGGAAAGUUUCCUAUGACCGUUCCUAUUACAAAUGAACCUAAAAAAUAG